AUGUCAAUGGAGAAGGCUCGGCCUAUAAUUGUGGUUACUGGGGCAAAUAGUGGGAUAGGCUAUGGCAUCUGCCAACGACUACUUUUCCAGCUUUCGCAAGCACAUCCUCCAGAUGCUCGGCCGCAAUAUCACUUGUCUUCCAAAGUCAAGCCGGUAGAUGUCCAGGAACACGAUCCUAUAUACCCAUGUCCAGGCUUGACCUUGAUCAUGGCCUGUCGCAGCACGAAGAAAGCUGAAGAGGCUCGUACUAAACUGCUCAAUCUGCUGGACGAAGAAAUCGCGAGGCGGAAGAAAAGAUCCAAUUACGACGGCCAUGCGGGGACUUUCAGGAGGAAUCUGCGCCUAGAGAUACAAUACCUAGAUUUGUCGAAGACGUCCAGCGUGCUCAAAUUCGGAGAUGAGAUCUCUAAAAAUUAUCCCUAUGUUUCCCACUUAAUCUGUAAUGCGGGCGUCGUCAAUCUUAUUGGCAUCGACUGGCCAGAGGCCAUCAAGGAGGUGCUAACUCGACCGCUCACCGCUGUCACCGCACCAGCAUUCUACAGGCAAGCGGUGGGCCAGCUGAGCGAUGAUGGCCUGGGGUGGGUCUGGCAGUGCAAUGUCUUUGGACAUUAUGUCCUAAAACUACUCUCGUCCACGCCAGAGUCGUUGAGACCUGCGCGGGUGAUCUGGACGUCAUCUUUAGAGGGUCACCGCAGUUCCUUGGACCUGGAUGAUUACCAACUUCUGAAGACUGAGCAUUCAUACGAAGCAUCCAAAUAUCAGACGGAAUUGAUCGCGACACAUCUAUCGCGUCAGACCGCGUCGAAGGGCAAAAUAAUGCAUUUCGUAUCCCAUCCAGGCGUUGUCCAUACCAACGUGUUCUCCGCUGCGCUAACGUGGUUCACCGAUGCACUGAAAAUUCUGGCCUUCUACUUCGCCCGAAUGCUUGGGUCGCCCAAUCACCCUAUCACUCCGCUCAAGGGGGCCAUCUCCGCAGUCCAUCUUUGCCUGGUUUCUCUCUCAGUGGUUCCGCUAUACCUUGCCAACCUGAACUGGCUUGAUCCACCGGUGAAAUUUGGGUCAGAAACGGACCGGUGGGGAAAUCCUCGAAUAGGCAUACAGGAAAUCAACAAGUGGCGGGACAACGAGCGCGACACUGCCCUGUUAGUGGAACGUUGCGAGAGGUUGUACAGAGGGCUGGUUGAAGCGGAGGGACGAACUUGGACUGACCCGGACGCAUAG